GAUUUAAAAAGAGAUAGUUUGGCCGGAACCAGAAUGGUGGUGGGAUGGUUGCUGUUCCUGAUUGCUACGGUGGCCGCAGAACCUCCGGAUGCUUGUGAGACAAUGGACCCCAGUCAUGGAGGAACUCCCCAGAAAUCUCCCCCUCCCUACCAGUUCUACCUACACAGCGACGUUAUUCCUAACCGUCUCUCUGCACAUUUUGCAAUCAAAUCUGCCAAUCCAGAUGUGCAGUUUUCUGGGUUUAUGGUCCAGGCUAGGGAUGACACUGGUAAACCAAUCGGAGAGUUUGACACCGGCUGUGUGGACAUUAGAGUCAUGACUUGCUUUGGCGUGUUUGCUAAUACUGCCAUACACCUUGAUUCUGAGCCUAAAACAGAAGCUCAUAUGCGCUGGCUUCCGGAUACUGACUUUGUUGGCAACGUCACCUUUUUCACUACAGUUGCCCAAUCCAGGCAAGUUUACUGGGUCCGUCAUCCUGCAAGAAAACUACAAGUAAUUCAAGAAGACUCACCAAGACGGCAAACACCGACCACAAAUCCCACACAGCCUUAGUUACGUUGUUAUAAACAUCAAACUCAACAGCACCCAAAGAUUUAAAUCAAUAAUUAAACUAAUGCACUACUUUUUAUGUAAUGUACCGGUACUAAAAAAUCAAUUAUGGAAAACGGGCAAAAACUGUCAAAAAUUAAAUCCAUUGUUAUAUUCCCUAAGUUGUAAGUUUUGUAAGCUAACAUAUUUUUUUAUAUUUGUACAACUUUAACCAGAUUGUUCACCUUUUACAUGACGUCUUAAAAUGUGAAAUGUAAUGUUCAUUAAAGUAGGAAUUUGUAAUUA